GGAUUAACAAUAAGACUGUGUUACAGGGCUUGGUUUUCAAACACUUUUCUCUAAGCCGGUUCUGUUCACGAAAUAACAUGAAAUUUUGGAAGCUUCUAGGAAUAUUGCUGUUAAUUUCAGCAAGUUGUUUUGCAGAAGAUAGUACUGAAGGAACGCCAGAAGCGAAAAAUUCUGAAAAUACACAAGAGUCUGAGGACAGCAAUGACGACGCACCUCAAGUACUCGAGGAUAAUGAUGUUCUUGUGUUAACUAACGAUAACUUCGAUGAAGUCGUGUUUGAUAAGGAAAUUAUUAUGGUUGAGUUUUACGCCCCAUGGUGUGGCCAUUGUAAAGCUCUCGCUCCUGCCUAUGAAGCAGCAGCUAAACGUUUAAAAAAGAAUGAUCCUCCAGUUUCAUUGGCAAAAGUUGAUGCAACUGUAGAGACUUCAGUUGCUGAGCGAUAUGAAGUACAGGGCUAUCCUACUAUUAAAGUUUUCAAGAAGGGAAUGGCAACUCCAAUUGACUUCGAUGGACCAAGAGAUGAGCAGGGAAUCGUUGACUUUAUGCGUGAGCGAGCUGAUCCCAAUUGGAAACCUCCACCGGAAGCUGUUCUUACUUUAACCAAGGACAACUUUACUGAAUGGACAACCAGGGAGGAACUUAUGCUUGUCAUGUUUUAUGCUCCUUGGUGCGGGCAUUGCAAGCGAUUCGCUCCAGAAUACGAGAAAGCUGCUCAACAAUUGAAAAAAUUAGACCCUCCUGUUUAUUUGACAAAGGUCGACGCUACCGCUGAGACAGAAAUGGCUACAUCUUUCAAAGUUACUGGGUAUCCCACCCUAAAAAUUUUCAGAAAGACUAAAGUUUUUGAAUACAACGGCCCAAGAGACACUAUGGGUGUAGUUGAGUACAUGAAAAAACAAAGAGGUGAUGCUUCGAAAGAACAAACCACACUUAAAGCUGUUCAAAAUUUAAUGAAUGUUGACGACAUAACAAUUGUUGGAUUUUUUGAAAAUGAUAAGAGUAAAUUAUAUGAGAGGUAUCAAGAAGCUGCAAAUCAUGUAAGAGAUGGUUAUACAUUCGGUCAUACUUUUGAAAAGAGCAUACGAGAUCAUUACAAAGUGAAUGCUGAAUCUAUCGUUGUCUUCAAUGCUGAACGCUUCUACAGUAAAUAUGAACCCAAGUGGCACAUUUUUACAGAUUCAGAUGCUGAAGUUGAAGACAUUAAGGGUUUCUUCUCCGAACAUGAAAGACCCUUGGUAGGCGUUUAUGACACUAGCAAAGGAAGAUACUCAGAAAAAACCCGUCCUCUUAUUAUUUUCUUUUAUACUGUUGACUUUUCAUUUGAACAUCGUAAAAGUACUCAGUUAUGGCGAUCAAAGAUCUUAGAUAUUGCGAAAGAUUUCAAAGAUAUCACAUUUGCCAUUGCAAAUGAGGAGGGUAAUGAAAACUUGCUCAAGGAUUUGGGUCUUGACGAUUCCCCUGAGGAAAUGAACAUUGGUAUAUUCGGUGAAGGAAAUCUUCGUUACCCAAUGCCAGCUAUGGAGGAGUUUGACUCUGAUGAUAUCAGAUCAUUCAUUCGUGCAUUCAAACAAGGUAAACUCAAGCCAAAAAUUAAGUCUCAGCCAGUUCCUAAAAAACAAAAAGGACCCGUUAAAGUUGUUGUUGGAAAUAGUUUCAAAGAUAUUGUCAUGGAUAAAUCUAAAGAUGUACUCCUCGAGUUAUAUGCUCCAUGGUGUGGUCAUUGUAAAGCUUUCGAACCCGAGUAUAAGAAGUUUGCCAAGAAGUUUAAGAAAGAAAAGAAUUUAGUUAUCGCAAAAAUGGAUGCGACUGCAAACGAAUCUCCCGAAAGUACUUUCACAUCGGAAGGAUUUCCAACUAUUUAUUUUGCUCCGGCUGAUAGAAAAGAUUCGCCAGUUAAAUAUGAAGGAAAUAGAGACUUGAAAGAUUUAGAAGAAUUUAUUAAGAAACAUGCUUCUGUUUCUUUUAAAAAAGAUGAGCUGUGA